UACCAGAGAGAAAUGUAAUAUUGGCAGUUGAUAUCCAUCCCUACACAGAAAACAGAACCCGUGAUAUAAAUGCCACAAUUACCCAGAGUUUCUCAGGGUUUGCAGUAAAUAUGGAUGCACAGAUAACAGAUUCCAAUUUCCAUGAUGGCAUUUAUGAAUUUAAGUACUGGAGCCUCACCAAGGAGACUUGGGAAAACCUUCAUGUUUCUACACGUGUUGAACCUUCCAUGGAUGGAUUUGACUUUGAAGCUCGAGUAAAGGCACCAAAGGGCAACUGGGGCUACACCUACAGGGGAAAUGCCUUUUCCAAUGAUCACGAAGCUGCUGUAACCAUCAUGGGAAUUUCUGACAGGUACGGAGACUUUUGGGAAAUCGAGACCACAGUUAGCAAACACUUACCAGAGUUCACUGUCCAUCUUGACAUUGGCCAGGAGAAUGAAGAAGCAUACGAAAAGGGGCGUUUGAGAAUUGGUUUGCACAAUCCACUGGAAAUAGGAGCAGCUUUGGACCAUCGGAAGUUCGGUGAGUGGAGGCAAGAUGGUGCCAUUGGCCUGAGAUUGAAGACAGAAGAUAUUCUGCAGUUCGUGCUGGAAUUUGAUCCUUCCCUAGAUUACCAGAAUGAACACUUCCUGGUUGACCUUGUCUCGCCUGCGGACCAGAUAUUCAGCAGUUGGGGGCGUGAUCUUGAAUAUACCACCUCUGCCUUCGCGAAGUGGUUCAUGGAAGAGAGUCCCAGCAUGUAUCAGGUUCUUGUAAACAACCCCACCGUAGUGCGGGUGUGGAACGCGGAAAUGCAUCACUUCCAGGAAUUUGUCAGUGAAAUGAAUGGUGUCAUUACCGAUAUCCAUAACGACGGACAGCAAAUCUGGAAUACGGUCAUACAGCCAUCGCUGAAUGCAGUGCGGGAAACAUUCAAUGAAAUGAGAGAGCAGCUGGAGCGAGCGUGGGAGGCAGCUGCAUCUUAUAUGAACUAUGAGUUCUCAAACAUCAGGAAUUUAGGCCAAGAAAUGAUCCAAGAAGUGGAAAGAUGGCAGAGAAAAAUGGAAUAUGAACUUACGAAAUUAUCAUACGAGUUCUCAUCAUGGUGGGACAGCAUGACGCAUCGCGUGGCGGCCCAGUACAAUAACCUGAUGUAUCACUUCGCUCGGGCGCUCAACUCCUUGGCGAACGCUGUAUGAAAAUGGGUCGCAGUGGAACGCGCAGCGCAGCCCUACGUAGACUCUCUCGUGCAGGCGUUCACCAGAUAUGGUGUGGAGCUGGACGCCAUCUUCGGUGGCCAGUGCUAUAAGCGUAUCGUGCAAGUAUUUGAUGAGACGGUGACAACACUG